AUGCGUUUUUCUUAUUUUUCAAUAGAUAUUUGUUUUGUUGAUUACGUAUCAAUAAAUAUGGACUCAUCUUAUUUAUGGGUGUCCAAAUCUGCUUACAAUCAAUUCAUCCAGCCAGAUGGGAAAAAUCUCCACUGGACUGAUGAUAUUAAUUUUGAACUUCCUAUAUUCAUGGAAUCAUCAGGACCUGGGGCUAGUCCUCCAAUGACGUUCAUAAAUAUUUUUCAAGAUGCUUUGCAAACCCAUGCUCAGCAGCCUGCUUUACGAGUAAAGCGCGGAGGAAAGUGGGUCACAUGAACUUACCAGCAAUAUUACGAUGAUAGCUUACGAUUUGCAAGAGCUGCAAUUAAUUUAGGAAUUAAGCCUCGAGCAGUCACGAACAUCAUUGGAUUCAAUGCUCCUGAAUGGCUGAUUAGCUUUGCAGGCUCAUUAAUUGCUAAUUUAGUUCCAAUUGGAGUCUAUACAACUAAUGGUCCAGAGGCCUGCUUUUAUAUAUAGGUAUUUCCUAUGAAUUACUCGAUAAGAGUAGGAUAUGGAUAGGGAACACUUCAGUUAGUUGGACCAACUCAUAUUGGUCAAGCCAACUGGAGAGUUGACAAUGAGCAUCUCUCCUGUAAGCUUUGCCAACCUUAGUGACCCAACCCACUGGAUAUUUCCCUCUCCAUUAUCCUUCCCUUAUCGGGGAAAAAAACAUAGGAAAUUCCAACAGCAAAUCACAGUGAAGCUGAAUUGUUAAUUGUUCAAAACGAAAUUCAGCUCAAAAAAUAUCUUGCAAUUUGGGAUAAACUACCUCGAUUAAAAGCAAUUAUUGUCUAUUUGCCUGGAGCAGAAUUGGAGUCUUUAAGAGCUGGGAAGCAAAUUUUUACAUGGGAAGAAUUUAUGGCAACUGGAAGUGAUGCUGAAGGAAAAGAACUUGCAAAAAGAAUGAGAGAGAUCAGUCCAGCUCAAUGUGCAACUGUAGUUUAUACAUCAGGCACUACAGGACCUCCUAAAGGAGUGCUGCUUAGCCAUGAUAACUACAUUUGGUGCGCAAAAUCCUGCGUUGAUGAUGCCGAAUUGAUGGCAGCAGACCCCAAUAUUCUGGUUUCAUAUCUUCCUUUAAGUCACUCUGCAGCACAAAUUAUUGAUAUUUUUGGCUGCAUGUAUAAGAAAGGAAUUUUAUAUUUUGCAGACGAAAAUUGCUUGCAAGGGACUUUAGGCAAUACACUUAAAGAAGUUCGCCCAACUUUUUUUAUGUCAGUUCCAAGAGUUUUUGAAAAAAUCGAGGAAAGAAUUAAAGCGAUCGCAGCAAGCAAAGGAUCAUUCGCUAAAAAAGUUGGCACUUGGGCUAAGAAAGUUGGAUAUGAAGGAACCAUCGAGCAGCUUCAGCAGAAGCCAACUUCUUUGAGUUUUAGUAUUGCAAAUGCUAUUAUCUUUAAAAAAAUAAAGCAAGCAUUAGGAUUAGAUAGAUGCAAGGCUUUCAUUGUUAGUGCUGCCCCAAUAGCGAAAUCAACUCUUGAGUAUUUUUUAAGCCUAAACAUACCGCUGUUAAACGUCUAUGGAAUGUCAGAGUGUGCAGCCCCAGAAACUAUGAACUAUCUUCAUAAUAACAAUAUAUGAAGUGUUGGACAGCCUGUGAAUGGGACAAGGCUUAAAAUUCUUAGCCAAAGCGGAGAAGAGGUGCCAAGAGGGACCCGCGGAGAAAUUUGCAUGAAGGGACGUAAUAGAUUUAUGGGCUAUUAUAAGAAUGAAACAGAAACUAAAGCAACAAUUGAUAAAAAUGGUUUCUUGCACAGUGGAGAUGAAGGAUACCUUAACGAAAAAGGGUUUCUAUUCAUAACAGGAAGAUUCAAAGAACUUAUCAUUACAGCUGGUGGAGAAAACAUUCCUCCAGUUUUAAUAGAGGACACCAUAAAAGAGGAAUGCAAACUAAUUUCAAACUGUAUGCUAGUUGGAGACCAUAAAAAUUAUUUAGCUUUAUUGCUAGCUAUUAAAACCGAGCCUGGACCUGACCUGAGUUUGACCAGAGUUUUAUCAGGAGAAGCAUUGAGGAUUCUUGCAGAAAUAGGAUCAACAGCAAAGACCUAUGAUGAAGCUAUGAGUGACCAAAAAGUCAAAAAAUAUAUACAGGAAGGAAUUGAUAGGGCGAAUAAAAGAGCUAUUUCGAAGGCUCAGCAUGUGAGGAAAUGGGUAUUUUUGCCAAAUGAUUUCUCACUGCAAGGUGGAGAAUUAACACCGACAAUGAAAUUGAAAAGGAAAUUUGUAGCACAAAAAUAUGCUAGUCUGAUUGAAGAGCUCUACACUAGUCCUAAUUUAUAA